AUGGCGGGCCAAAAGAUCACCAUCUCCAUUGACCGUGGAGGCACAUUUACGGAUGUGCAUGCCAUCGUCCCCGGCCGACCUGAUAUCGUACUCAAGCUUCUUUCUGUCGACCCUUCCAACUAUCAAGAUGCCCCAACAGAAGGCAUCCGCAGAGUCCUCGAGGCUGCCACGGGCACGCCGUUGCCAAGAGGCCAACCACUGCGACUCGACGAUAUUGAGUGUCUCCGGAUGGGCACAACUGUUGCCACCAACGCUUUGCUCGAGCGCAAGGGCAUGAAGUCAGCGCUCCUGGUGACAAAGGGCUUCAAAGAUCUCCUUCGCAUCGGCAAUCAAGCCCGCCCAGACAUUUUUGACCUCUCUGCCCGCAGGCCUGACGUGCUCUUUGAAAAGGUCGUCCAGGUGGACGAGCGCAUUAUCCCGUCACACCCACGUUCAUCCCAGGAGGCCCUCUCGGCUUUUCGCGAGAUUGAGGGCAGCACGGGAGAAAAGUAUCGCGUUGCCGAGGAGCUCGACACGGAAAAACUGGUCGCAGAGUUGCAAGCCUUGAAGAACCAAGGCUAUGGCUCGGUUGCCGUUGCACUCAUCAAUUCUUUCGCCUGUCCAGACCACGAAGUCAAGAUUGGCGAGAUUGCCAGUAAGAUGGGAUUCUCUGUGGCGCUUUCAUCACAGUUACAGCCCAUGAUCAAGGUGGUUCCCCGAGGCAUGUCAGCUACCGCGGAUGCCUACCUUACCCCAGUCAUCAAGUCGUACAUCGACUCCAUCUCGGCCAAUUUUGAUGGUGGUCUAGACGGGUCACAUGGAUGCCGAAUCGAGUUUAUGCAAUCUGACGGAGGACUCGUCGACUUUCGCAAGUUCAGUGGCCUGAGGGCCAUCCUCUCCGGCCCAGCAGCUGGUGUUGUUGGAUAUGCCUCCACCAGCUGGGAUAAAACAGCUCGCAUUCCCAUCAUUGGCUUCGACAUGGGUGGCACGUCGACUGAUGUGUCACGGUUUGACGGCCAUCUUGAUCACACGUUUUCUUCGAGCAUUUCCGGCGUCAGCAUCCAAGCUCCGCAGCUGGAUAUCAACACUGUUGCCGCGGGAGGUGGAUCUAUCCUUUCCUGGAGAAACGGACUCUUCACGGUCGGACCGGAAUCAGCCUCUGCCCACCCUGGUCCAGCAUGCUAUCGCAAGGGUGGCCCUCUUACCGUCACCGACGCCAAUCUUUUCCUCGGCCGCCUGCUGCCGGAAUACUUCCCCAAGAUUUUCGGCCCGAAUGAGGAUCAACCCCUUGAUCGCGACAUCACCAGGAAGCUGUUUGAGGAGCUGACGGAAAAAAUCAACGCCGAGCAUGGUCAAAGCCGACUUACGCCGGAACAGGUUGCGUUGGGCUUCCUCAAUGUUGCAGAUGAGUCCAUGACGCGGCCAAUCCGAAACCUAACUGAGGCCCGCGGGUUCGAAACUUCCUCCCAUCAUCUUGCUUGUUUCGGUGGUGCUGGCGGUCAACACGCCUGUAAUGUGGCAGCCUCACUUGGUAUCUCCCGUAUCAUCAUCCACAAGUACUCGUCGAUUCUAUCUGCUUAUGGCCUUGCUCUCGCUGAGAUUGUACAAGAGGCGCAGGAGCCCAUGGCCACUCAGUAUGCUGGCGCUGAGAGUACCAUUGCCACCAGAUUGCAGGGUCUUAUUGACCGCUCGUCUGAGCAGCUGCGAGCUCAGGGCUUCACGGACGGUCAACUUCGCCAUGAAAUAUUCCUCAACAUGAGAUAUGAGGGCUCCGACACCAGCUUGAUGAUUCUGAAGCCCCAAGACGGUGACUUUGCCUCGGCUUUUGUUGAGCGACAUCGCCGAGAGUUCAACUUUACCUUUGAGCGACCUAUCCUAGUAGACGAUAUUCGUGUCCGCACCAUCGCCUCCGCAAACAAGGCAUCCGAGAAAAGCCCAUUAGAGCAGCUCGCAGAGGCCGAGAUCAAGGAAGCGCCCGUUGCUUCACAGAGCACGAAUGUCUACUUUGACUCUCAAUCGGGUUUCAUCAGUACACCUGUCUACCAGUUGCGAGAGCUUGGAUCCAAUGUCAAGUUGCAUGGACCCGCCAUUAUCAUUGACGAGACACAGACUAUCGUCAUCUCUCCAAACGCCACCGUCCAUAUACUGGAGACUUGUGUUCUCAUUGACCUGGACUCCCGUUCAGGCGAGGCGGUUUAUUCCGACAAAGUUGACCCCGUUCGACUGUCAAUCUUUGGUCAUAGGUUCAUGUCCGUGGCGGAACAGAUGGGUCGUACUCUUCAGAAGACGUCAGUUUCGACGAAUAUCAAGGAGCGACUCGACUUUUCUUGCGCCUUGUUCUCACCCGACGGCGGCCUUGUUGCAAACGCACCACACGUCCCUGUGCAUCUUGGCUCUAUGCAAUUUGCAGUCCGCUAUCAACACCAGCGCUGGUUAGGUAAACUGAAGGAUGGUGACGUCCUGGUCUCGAACCACCCAGUAUCCGGCGGAACACACUUGCCGGACGUGACGGUUGUGACGCCCGUUUUCAAAAAGGGCACGGAUGAGAUUAUUUUUUACGUCGCAUCUCGCGGUCACCAUGCGGACAUUGGUGGCAUUCUUCCGGGGUCCAUGCCUCCGAACUCUACUGAGAUCUGGGAGGAGGGCACUGCUAUCGAGUCGGAAAAGGUCGUGUCCAACGGUGUCUUCAAUGAGGCUCGCAUGCGGGAGCUCUUUUACGAUAUUCCCUCUCAGUACGAAGGCUGCUCCGGUAGCCGCAACUUGAGUGACAACAUUUCAGAUCUCAAAGCCCAGAUCGCUGCAAACGCCCGUGGCAUUUCGUUGAUCCAGAACCUCAUCGAAGAGUAUGGGCUUGAGACGGUACAGAUGUACAUGUACGAGAUCCAGAGGACAGCUGAGCUGGCGGUUCGGAAUCUCCUCAAAGACAUGUAUCAUCGCUACGGUGGCAAGCCUCUGGAGGCACUGGAUUUCAUGGACGAUGGCACGCCCAUCCAGCUGAAGAUUACGAUUGACGAGAACGGCUCGUCCGUAUUCGACUUUGCGGGCACUGGGCCGGAAGUUCGAGGCAACAUCAACGCACCCGAGGCCAUUACGCAUUCUGCAAUCAUUUAUGCCCUGCGAUGCAUGAUCAAAUCUGAUAUUCCAUUGAAUCAGGGAUGCUUGGCCCCCGUGGAUAUUAGAAUUCCGAAGCCGAGCAUUCUCAGCCCAACCGGCGCUGCUGCUGUUGUCGGCGGCAACGUUACAACUAGUCAGCGAGUCACUGACGUGGUACUCAAGGCUCUUCGUGCCUGUGCCGCCUCCCAAGGUUGUCUGAAUAAUCUGACCUUUGGGGUUAAUACCAAGACUGACGAAGCCACGGGUGAAGUUAUUCCGGGCUUCGGAUACUACGAGACUAUCGCUGGUGGUGGUGGCGCAGGCGACAACUUUGUCGGAGAGAGCGGCGUUCAUGUCCACAUGACCAACACUCGCAUCACAGAUCCAGAAAUUCUCGAGAAGAGGUAUCCUUGUAUCCUUCGUCGCUUUGAGCUUCGAGACAAGACCGGGGGUGAGGGACGCAACCGCGGUGGAGAUGGUGUUGCCAGGGAGAUUGAGUUCCUCGCUCCGUUACAAUGCUCCAUCCUCUCGGAGCGUCGGGUGCACCGCCCGUAUGGUAUGGACGGUGGAGAGGCUGGUGCAGCUGGCUUGAACUUGUGGCUCACCAAGGAUCAGUAUACUGGCCAGGAGCGGACAGUCAAUAUCGGCGGAAAAGGCAGUGUGCCCAUCAAGGUUGGGGACCGAGUUGUUAUCAUGACACCUGGUGGUGGUGGAUUUGGCCGCAAGGAGACUCAGGCACAAGAAUGA